AUGUUUUAUCAAAAUUGUGUCAAAAUUUUAAAUGUGAGACGUGGCAAAAUAGCCGUAGGAGUUAUAUUUCUUUUCUUAUAUGUGUCUUUAUUCCACAAUGUUAGCAAAUUAAAAUCUUUACCGUGGGAUCAUUGCGAAGAUAUCUCGUGUCAUUAUUCGGUGGAAGAGAAUGCAUUACCAUCGGCGGACGGCUAUGACUUCUCGCCGUCAGAUAAAAGUAUAUUCUUCCUGGAGACUUCGUGUCAACGUAACUUGACAUCGAGAGAACUGUGUGCCAUAGAGUCAGCGGCGCGAGCGCAUCCCGACUACCAAAUAAAGGUGCUAUUCACUGCACCGAUCUCAGAAGACAUUCUCGAACAAUAUGUUAAAUUCAGCCUCAAACAAAAAUUCAAGAACGUUCGAUUUGCAAGAAUACAUAUAGAUGAAUACUCUAAGAAUACUCCAGUGCAAGAGGUCGUCCGGAGCGGCGCCUUAGAUAGAUCACAGUGGGGAGUGGAGCAUACAUCGGACUUGUUAAGAUAUUUAACUUUGUACAAAUUUAGUGGUAUUUAUUUGGAUUUGGAUGUGGUGGUUGCGAAACGUUUGGACACCUUGGCUGCGAACUGGGCGGCCAGAGAAAGCGAAUGGGCCGUUAACUCCUGCGCUAUGUCUUUUUCCAUGGACAGCGUCGGUAGAAGUAUUGCAAAGGCUGCGAUAAGUGAACUUGAGAAGAAUUUCCGAUACGACUUGUGGAGCCACAACGGGCCAGGAGUCAUUACUAGAGUGUUAAAGAUGAGGUGCAAUACUACUGACCUCAAACGCAUGACCUCUGACAUAUGUAAAGGAUUCGAAGUUUAUGGUCCGGAACUUUUUUACCCGAUUAAAUGGCAAAAUGGCCGUGAAUAUUUCGAGCCGGGAAUACUCGAGAACAAAGAUGCAUACAUUUAUCACGUGUGGAAUCAUGUGACAAAAAAUCGCACGCCCAACAAAAGAUCCCCGUACGCACAUCUUGCUCGAACAUUCUGCCCGUCGACUUACACAUUAUAUGAAGACCGAUUUGGAUUAUAAUCUAUU